AUGAACAACCCAGGUCACAGCACCCAACGCAACAUCACUAACCGCCCUGAAAAUGGAAACUGGACUACUCAGAAAGGUAAAAGAAACCUUUCAAGUUCAUCAUCUACCUCUUCCACCUCCACUUCUAAUAAAACUUCUCAGCCACAAACCAAAAAACUCUCUUUCUCAACGCGAAAUCGCUACGAACCACUUAAGGUCACCGAACCUACAGACUCGGUUUUUGACGCAAGCAUGAUAAUUGAAGAUCCCGACACCCCACCCCGUGCCAAACCACCUCCCCCGAUCUUUAUGAAAGGAAUAAAUGACUUUCCUGGCUUCUGCACAACUUUAAUUGAGUUGAUAGGAGUUGAUAACUUCAAUUGCAAAGCCACCACAGACCGCUUAAAAAUACAGACCGCCAAUCCCGAAUCUUAUAGACUUCUAAUACAUUAUUUAAAAGAACAUAACGCUAAAUACCACACAUACCAACUCGCCGAGGACAAACCCACGAGGAUCUUGAACUAA